ACUAGCAAAUAUCUUCAAAACAUUCUCAAUGAGGAAAAAAAUGAAAAUUUGAAAAAUAUCGACGAGGGGGGCUAAUUGAACGGAUCUCGUGGAUUUCCUGGAUCUCCAGGCGAAAGGACACAUUCAGGAGAAGAUUUCGUGAGGAUUUCGGAGGGAACAAUAAUCCCUGAUAUCAUUGAGAUGUUCGGGAGGUUCGUCAAGGCCAGCCAUCGACGCAUUUCGUUGCUGUCGCGGGUGUGGAACGGUCAGUCUGGAGCACUGGCUGGAAAACAGGCUGAGGAGAAGAUGAUAACGCUGCUGAGGGAUAAAUUCCCAAAAGCAGAGACCAUUGAAGUCACUGACAUCUCAGGGGGAUGUGGAGCCAUGUUCGAGAUUAGUGUCAUAGCCCCUGAGUUCAAAGGGUUGAACACAGUGAAGCAACAUCGACUGAUUAAUGAAAUACUGAAAGCUGAGAUAAAGGAUAUGCAUGGCAUCAGGAUCCACACGAGGCCCUCAUCUUAGAAAUAUUCAUAAAAUAAUGUGAAAUCUGUCAAAAUAAAAUUGUAAAUAUAUUGUAUCUCAUUAAA